AUGUUCUUCCACUCAAUGUUGUCUCGCCCGCCUGUAACACCGGCUGCUGCUGUCCGGAGACGAGGUAGCCUGAGCGAAAUCUUCCGAACUGUGAAAACAAGAUUGCAACGGGAUCGUUCCUCUACGGAGUCCAGCCACGGGACAUUCGAUUCGCUCUUCAGCGAUUCCCUUGACGAUUCCAGCAGUACUACGGAAGAAACUUCUCCGUUUCGAAAUGGAUUCUCACCGUUCCCUACUGCGCCUGCUCUGAGGCUGUUGCCCGCCAUCCCAGGCCAAACUCCGGAUGACACUUUGUGCAGUGCUUUGGAGAAAGCUGGUUUUGGCAAAUUCGACAUCGAAGAGCCUGAUAACAAACCGGCCGCUCAGACUUUGGGCGUGGUAUCGAAGCCACCUCCGCGGGCAAGUCUGUUCAAGCUUCGCUGGGAUCGUAGGUCCAAGUCUCGCGGGUCCGAGUUCUCACUCGCAGAUCCGAAAUCUUCCCAGAGAGCAGGACAUGUCGAGGCCAGACCUAAUUCACUCUCGUCCAAAGACAGUGUAGACCUCGAUCGCUUCAGUCUCCAGCCGUUUGGUCUUCAGCGGGAUGAUAGCCAAGCGUCUCGCGUCCCGGCUUCUUUCGUUGACAAGGUACUCGAGGAAUCCAUUCCGAUGCGUUCGCCACACGUCAGCAAAUUGAAAGCAGCUGGGCGUCGCAGGACAAUCGAGAGAUCCCCUAACGAGACCCGUCAGCAACACAAGCUUUCAGAGUUUGCCACCCAGGAACAUGACAUUCAGACGCACGCGUGUCAUCCUUCCGACGCUUCUUCUGGGCCAUCGCUUGCCGAGACUGAUGACGAUUGCAGUUCUCAAGUUUCGCUGAGUGAACAGGAAGAUACGCCUUCUGCAGAUGACUAUACCUUGUCUGUGCCAGGAUCCACGCGAGUUUGCGGAGAUGUUCACCCCAGGCCCUUGAGCACAGUCUCAGAGGUUUCGUCUUGCGAAGCUACAAUUGACUCGCUGGAAUGUUGUGAAGCCGAGGGUCAGUCUGAUAAGAUGCCAUCCUCAGGGCUGCAGACAACAAGUGCUGGCCCAGCCCUUCUCAAGGAUGAUUCUGAAGAGGCUAGCUACAGGAACAUCAUGCGUGUCAUCGCUGCUCCGGCCUCGACCGCUGGCCGAGCGAGCAUCGUAGCUGGUCCGCAUAGCAUAGGAGAGCAGAUCUCGACGUUCAGACGCGGCGAUCGGGGAACUGGCUCGGAAGACCAAAGUGAUACCUCCAGCUACGGUUCACAGGACGCACAGUCACAGAGCACCUCGGUCAUGGACGUGUGUGAUGGACAUUGGCUGUAAUCGAGCCCAAGGCGUUGGUGGAAAGGAGUUACCAUUGGACAUGUGCGAUUACCGACAGAGAGACAAAGAAGGUGAAAACAGUCUUUAGUAGUAUUGAUAUCGUAGGCCGAUUGCGGGUUGAGAAGGAAAUGACACAGUAGGUAUACAACGUGUUGUGUCUCGACUACAC